GUGACCAACCGCGCAGAUCAGAUCAGCUCAGCUCAGCUGACGCUCCCCGUCUCAGUCCACAAUGUUUGCGAGCGAGCAGUGGUGACUGGUGAGCGAGCGCUGCGGAGGAUAGAAGAAGAAGAAGUAGUAGAAGCUAACCUAGCAGAGAGCAGCCGACCCUCAACUCAAAGUGCUCAUUUAACUGUCCGUACACCGCUGCCCGAAGAGGAGGUCGGAGGCCAUGUCGGCGGAAAUCAAGUCGGAGCAGGCGGCGGUUUCUUCCAACGCGGCCGAUCAACCCCUCGAUAAUGUCGAUGCGGUCGCUAAUCUCUCGGACAACGGAGGUACGGUUUCCAAGCCGGAGUUUGCUGAGGAAGAGGUUACACCGGUGAUCGAAGCUAUUGCAUCCACCGGGGCCUUCUGGAUUGAAUGGGAUAAGUUGAAGAACUUGCUCUCCUUUAAGCUGAAGCAGGUCUUGUCAGAGUAUCCAGAGGGAAAGAUGACAGUUGACCAACAAAAUGCUUUUCUUGGAGAGACCCACCAGGAACUGGUCCAGAGGUUGGAUGAAGCUCUUCUUAGCUUUGAUGAGGGCCCUCCGUUUACUCUUCAAAGGCUUUGUGAGAUCUUGUUAUCCGCCCAAGGCAUAUAUCCCAAACUCUCGAAGCUUGCUUUAGCACUGGAAAAGAAUCUGUUGGUAAGCUCAAUGUUGACGAGCUGUGUUGAUCCUCCCUCUGAAAUGAUGGUGCAAGGAGGAGAUGGUCCAGAGAAAACACUUGGAAAGCCUGAGCAGCAGCAGUCUCCGUUGGAGCAAAAUGGAGGUGAUGCCGUGAUGGGCGACCGGGAUGAAACAAUGGCAGAUGUGGAGGAGGCUGAUGAGGAGGGGAUCUCGAUUGGCGUGGAGACCUUUGAAGAAACAGCCAGGCCAUCGGCAACAAACGCAGCUCCGGAACUGGCAACACCAACACCACCAGAAACACCUAGCGACUCUUAGCCAGCCCCCCUUGUUAAUCAAACGUUGUAUUGUGUAAUGGCGAGGGUUAAAAGUCCUCAUUAUUAUCCUCCUCCUACAUUGAAUUGAGGUGCAAGUUUUACAUAUCUCCUUGGCGGGAUAAAUGGGAAGGGGUAAUGUCUUACCAGGAUCGGAUAUGUGGUGAUGACAUGUUGUCGUCGUCGUCGUCGUCGACGACGAUCUCUUCAUUGAUUCAAGAUAUAAAGCAAAAGUGAGGCUGAUCUUCAAUUCAGCGAGUGGGGUGGAUGGGAGGUUUGGAUGAGAAGACACUGCAGUAUCUUUGGGGGAGAAGUAUAUGUUUAAAGAUUUGAAGCUGUGUGAAUUGUUGUUCUUUCUUACGUAGA